CCGACAGCCGCGCGUGAUUUCCAUGGGAACGUCGUCAAGCAAAAGAAAAUGACCGGGUUUGCUUGGUCAGAGUGGGCUUGGUUGGUUGACAGUAAUCUUGCUAUGGCUGCAAAGGGACAAAGGAGGGCUGACCCUACUGAGCUGAAAGCUAUUUUUUUAAAGUAUGCCAGCAUCCAGAAAAAUGAUGAGCACUACAUGUCUCCGGAGGACUUUGUGACCCGGUUCCUCCACGCACACACUGACAUCAGGCUGUCUGAUGAGGCCACCUCACUGCUGGCUGGGGUAGUGGACCAGAAGAAAGAUGGGUUGAUCUCCUUCCAGGAGUUUGUGGCUUUUGAGUCGGUCCUGUGUGCUCCAGAUGCUCUCUACAUGGUCGCCUUCCUGCUGUUUGACAAGACUGGCAAAGGAGCAGCCACCUACGAGGACGUGAAGCAGGUCUUCAGCCAAACCACAAACCAUCAGCACAUCCCCUUUAACUGGGACUCUGAGUUCAUGCGGCUGCACUUCGGCAUGGAGAGGACCAAGCACCUCAGCUAUGGAGAGUUCACCCAGUUCCUCCUGGAGAUGCAGCUGGAGCAUGCGCGGCAGGCCUUUGUUCAGAGGGACAAGGCUCACAGCGGCUCCAUCUCCGCCCUGGACUUCAGGGACAUCAUGGUCACCAUCCGGCCCCACAUGCUCACACCCUUUGUGGAGGAGAGCCUGGUGGCGGCGGCCGGGGGCAAUACAUCUCACCAGGUCAGUUUUUCCUACUUUAAUGGCUUCAACUCUCUCCUGAACAACAUGGAUGUCAUUAGGAAGAUCUACACCACACUGGCUGGGAGCAGUAGAGUCCUGGAAGUCACUAAAGAGGAGUUCAUCAUUGCGGCACAGAGGUUUGGUCAGGUGACUCCGAUGGAGGUGGACAUCCUGUUCCAACUGGCUGACCUCUCUGAAUCCCGGGGCCGUGUUGGUCUGGUGGACAUUGACAGGAUUGCUCCACUAGAGGAAGGGGCCCUUCCAUACAACCUGGUGGAGGUCCAGAGACAGCUGUCUGGUGGGGACCCGUCCCGCUCUGUUCUCAUCCAGGUAGCAGAGUCCGCUUACAGGUUUGGCCUGGGUUCCAUUGCUGGUGCUGUGGGAGCCACAGCAGUGUACCCCAUAGACCUAGUGAAGACCAGGAUGCAGAACCAGAGGACCACAGGUUCCCUGGUGGAAGAGCUCAUGUACAAGAACAGCUUGGACUGCUUCAAGAAGGUGCUGCGUUACGAAGGCUUCUUCGGCCUCUAUAGAGGUCUGGUACCACAGCUACUGGGCGUGGCCCCGGAGAAAGCCAUAAAGCUGACAGUCAAUGACUUUAUCAGAGGGAAGACCAGACAGAAGGAUGGAUCAAUCCCUGUACCUGCUGAGAUCCUGGCUGGUGCAUGUGCGGGUGGAUCUCAGGUGAUCUUUACCAACCCUCUGGAGAUCGUGAAGAUCCGCCUGCAGGUGGCUGGAGAGAUCACCACCGGCCCCCGCGUCAGCGCCAUAUCUGUCAUCAAGGACUUGGGCUUCUUUGGCCUCUAUAAGGGAGCCAAAGCCUGUUUCCUGCGAGACAUCCCCUUCUCAGCCAUCUACUUCCCCUGCUAUGCUCACGUCAAGACCUACAUGAGUGAUGAGGAUGGGAGGAUCGGACCGGGCAAGCUGCUGUUUUCAGGGGCCAUAGCAGGUAUGCCCGCGGCCUCCCUGGUGACCCCAGCCGAUGUUAUCAAGACCAGGCUACAAGUGGCGGCCCGUGCUGGCCAGACCACGUAUAGUGGCCUCGUUGACUGUUUCUGGAAGAUUCUGAAGGAGGAGGGACCACGGGCCUUCUGGAAAGGAGCAGGAGCCCGAGUGUUCCGGUCCUCACCUCAGUUUGGGGUCACCCUGGUGACCUAUGAACUCCUGCAGAGGUGGUUCUACGUGGACUUCGGUGGACAAAAACCAUCUGGCUCGGAGCCGACUCCCAAGUCUCGGAUCAGCAUGCCGGCGCCCAGUCCCGACCACAUCGGAGGCUUCAGGUUGGCCAUGGCUACGUUCGCUGGCAUCGAAAGCAAAUUUGGACUCCACCUCCCAAGAUACAACAUACAUGUAAUCCCCCCCGUCCAAGGAGGACGCCCCUUAAAUUGAACUUCCUCUGCCCACAUGUAGGGGGCAGAAUAGAGCACACACGCAAUCGUUACGCCCUCUCCCUCCCAACCCCGCCCCGUUGAGCACUUGGAAUUUUCCACCCGAAAGAGAGGCACAUUCUGACUAGUAUGAUGUGCCUCUUUAGGCUUUAAAGGAAAAUAUGUAUCGAUGUUUUAGUUGAUAUGAGACAAAAAAAAAAAUAUGAAUAAAUUCUUGAAACAACCUUUAUACGUCAUGCUCUAAAAUCACAUCAGGUUGGUUUAGCUUCUGUUUUAGUCUCAUAUACCCGUAAAGAUGACUUUUUGAGUCCGUCUUAUUGUGGAGAUCAAGGGCUCUAUUCAAUCUGUGUCGCUGAAGCUAGAAAUGUAAAAAUAAUUUCCUAUUGAGCCGACGUCUGCAGCAUUUACCGUGAAUGCUGUCUCCGCUGACGCGGAAGCGUUGCCAUUAAGUUGAAAUCACGCUGUAAUGCUGAAUUUCCGUGAUACUGAUUAGAUAUAGCCCUAAGUGAAAGCUACAGUACUGACAUUGUCUGUCUGGAGUAGUGUCGUUCUGGUUGGUCUUUUAACAGAGUUGUAGAGGGUCUGGCCAGGACUUGAAUUAGACUUGGACUGCUUCCUCUUAUUACAUCAUCACUAAAGCCGGGACUCAUUCAAAGAUGCAUUGUCAACAAGCACAUUGCACUUGAUUUUUUAAGGUCAUUUAUGCUUGAGCCGACAUGCAUAGCCUUUACCAUGAAUGUCAAUGUCCGGGUUGACAGUGCAAUGUGCUUGUCGACAAAAAAGCCUUUGUUUGAAUCCCGGCCUAACCAUAUAAUGGUGAUUUUACUGUCUUUCACCAGAGAGUUUGUCUGAUUAGAGCUUAUUCUGUUGAGGUUAUAUCCGUCAAAUGGACAUGUUUUUAUUUCCAUGUUAAAUGUGAUGUUAUCGAUGGGGAAUGUAACACAAGCACAUCCAAACAAUGAUUCUACUGUACAUAUGAGAACGAACAGAGAGACAUAUUUUCAUAUUGAUACGGUUUGCAAGUUGCUUUUUUGAUACUGUGAAGCAAAAACAGGAAUAAUCUUGAUCAUGAAAAAUAUUGACCAAACACUUGAAUGUAAUACAUACUGUUCAGUGUUACCACCAUUUGCACCCAGUAUUACUACUACUACGGUACUGUACUGCCUGUUAUCCUAAGUUGAGUUGUCUGUCAGCUCAAACUGUGUUAUGUGUUGAAUUAAUGUCUAUUUAAAGAGUCAGGGCACAGCAGAGCAGAGGGAGAGAGCAGAAAGAUGAUGUCACUGACUAGCUAUACUACGCUACACUACAUUACUCUAGUACACUACACUACAUUACUCUAUAGUACACCACACUACACUAGACUAGCUGCUCGUUGUCAUGCAAGACGCCCGUAUUUAAACAUGUACAGGAGAGGAGGAAUAUAUGGUGUGUAAUAAUUGUGCCUUACUGUAUGUAUGGCAGCAAUAUUGAAAUACACUGAGUGUACUAAACAUUAGGAACAGCGUCCUAAUAUUGAGUUGCACCCCCUUUUGCCCCCAGAACAGACUCAAUUCGUCAGGCCAGGGACUACAAGGUGUGGAAAGCAUUCCACAGUGAUGCUGGCCAAUGUUGCCUCCAAUGCUUCCCACAGUUGUGUCAAGUUGGCUGGAUGUCCUUUGGUGGUGGACCAUUCUUGAUACAGACAGGAAACUAUUGAGUGUGAAAAACCCAGUAGUAAUGCAGUUCUUGACACACUCAAACCGGUGCGCCUGGCAUCUACUACCAUACCCCGUUCAAAGGCAUUUAAAUCUGUUGUCUUGCCCAUUGAAUGGCACACAUACAUAAUUCAUGUCUUAAUUGUCUCAAGGCUUAAAAAUCAUUAUUGAACCUGUCUCCUCCCCUUCAUCUACACCGACUGAAGUGGAUUUAACAGGUGACAUCAAUAAGGGAUCAUUCAGUAACAUUCAUUUGGAUUCACCUGGUCAGUCUGUCAAUGUUUUGUACACUCAGUGUAUAUGUACUAAUAAAAUGAAAGAGAAACGUCUAACGUUA